UAACAAGGCUGGAAAUGUGGCUGAGGAAACUGGUGGGACCUUCAGCUUUAAAAUAUUUUAGGCUGAGUCCUAGGUUUCCUCACGAUCUAUUAAAAUUAUUGUACAUAGGUAGGAUAAAAAAUUAAAAAAAAAACCCGAACAAAAUAAAGUAAUUAAAGCAUCUCUAACAAGAUCGUAUUUUCCUGAAGGUGGUUAAGCCAUCGUACCGGAACCUCUAAACCGAGGGUCCUAGGCAGCACCGAGGAGUGACAGCAACACCGCCACGCCGGCAGAAAAGCCUGUUUUGGUCUCCGCCCUGUUCCUCUUGUUCCUUCUAACCGCUUCCCUCCUCGCCAAUUCCGGAACGGAACUCUUUUUUCAUUCUCCCCAGUUGAAUUGUAGGACCAAUUUCAUCAACACAAUCCGGAGUGGUCAACAUGGCGGCGGCCGUAAGGUGCCUCGGGAGAGUCUUGAUAUGUCAUCAGAGAUGUCAUCUUUCCAAGAUGGUUUGUCAGAUGUCUCUUUAUCCUUGUUCUUUAAACAUUCAAGUGCCCAACAGACAUUUUGCUGCUGCUGCUACAAAGCCUGCAAAGAAAACAAAAAAAGAUACCAAAGAAAAAGCGACAGAUGAAAAAAAGGAUGAGAUAGAAAAAAUAAAAUCAUAUUCCUACAUGGAAGGUGAACCUGAAGAUGAUGUCUAUUUAAAACGCUUAUACCCAAGGCAGAUAUAUGAGGUGGAGAAAGCUAUUCAGUUACUUAAGAAAUUUCAAAUUUUGGACUUUACUCAUCCAAAGCAAGGGGUUUAUCUUGAUUUGACACUGGAUAUGGCAUUGGGGAAAAAGAAAAAAGUGGAGCCAUUUGCCAGUGUUAUUAGUUUUCCAUACCCAUUUGCAUCAGAAAUCAAUAAAGUUGCUGUAUUUACUGGGAAUGCAUCAGAGAUUGAAAUAGCAGAAGAAAAUGGAGCUGCGUUUGCAGGAGGAACUAGUCUGAUUCAGAAGAUUUUGGAUGAUGAAGUUCAAGUAGACUUUUAUGUAGCUGUUCCAGAAAUAAUGCCUGAGCUUAAUCCAUUAAGGAAGAAACUGAAAAAAAAGUUUCCUAAGCUUACUAGAAAUUCCAUUGGCCGUGACAUCCCUAAAAUGCUUGAAUUAUUUAAAACUGGACAUGAAAUUCACGUAGAUGAAGAAAGGGAGAACUUUCUCAGUACCAAAAUAGCCACAUUGGAUAUGUCAAGUGACCAGAUAGCUACCAAUCUGCAAGCAGUUAUUAAUGAAGUGUGUAAACAUAGACCUCUGAAUUUGGGUCCCUUUGUGGUACGUGCCUUCCUUCGUAGCUCAACAAGUGAAGGUUUGCUACUAAAGAUUGAUCCAUUGCUGCCCAAAGAAGUAGAAACUAAGGAAAGUAACCAAGAAGCUGCCUAAAAGUGUUGAAUUGUGAAAUUCUUUUCAACGGAUUAAGAAACAACAAAGAAAAUUAUAAAACUGCAUAAUUUCUACAUUUGAUGUCUUAUGAUUUCUUGAACAUUGCACUUAGAAGUAAAUUUUAACACUGAAAAUUUAUACAGUUUCAAAAUUAAGGAAAUAUUUUCUCUGAACCUACUUUUUAAACUCUUAUCACAUUUACAUAUUGGUAGAUAUAACAGCAGUUUCUAGCUUACAACAACUUUCCUUUGGAGCCAUAACCACCUGAGGGAAUGGUAACAUCCUUGGUUCUCACAAGGCAGAGAAUGGCCAAGUCAUGACCUACAUUACAAACAUAACCAUUUUUUAUAAUUUUAAUUCAUUUAUUUGUUCUAAUCAGUUAUACAUGACAGCAGAAUGUUCUUUGAUUCAUUAUACACAAAUUGACUUCUCUGGUUGUACCUAAAGUAGCAUCACACCAUUGUGCAAUCAUACAUGUACCUAGGGUAAUGAUGUCUGUCUCAUUUCACUAUCUUUCCUACCCCCAUGUCCUCUCCCCACCUUUGCCCCUUCCAGAGUUUCUCCACUCAUCCUAUCCCCGCCCCACCAUUAUGGAUUAGCAUCCACUUAUCAGAGAAAACAUUUGGUUUUGGGGGAUUGGCUUACUUCACAUGAUAUUCUCUAACAAACUUAACUGUUUUUUAAAGAAAAAAAUGUGGAAAGUAUUCAUUCUAAGGAAUUUCUUCUUCUAACCGCCCCCCACCCCCUCUAUUUUUUGUCAAUACUAGGCAUCGAACCCAGGGCCUUGUGCAUGCUAGGCAAGGACUCUACCCCUGAACUACAUCCCCAGCUCUGGUUACCAUCUUCUGAAAGCUUUGAUUAAUCAUUAAAGAUCCUAAAUCAUAAAGUA